CACUUGAAGUUCCUCCUGAACGAGAGGCUGCGUCAUUUUUCCCCGAUAAAAAAACUCACGAAUUUCGUCUCCUCUUCUCCGCGGCGUCGAGUACGCUAGCCAAAAUCUUGGUUGAUUUCAAUCCUUCAAUCUGUUUCAUCCGCUGCGGUGAAAGAAAAUCCGUGGAAUUUGGCUCCGUGAGUUGGUUAAAUCUUGUCUUCUAGAGCAGAAUCUUCGUUCUGGUGCAGCGAAUUAAAAUCUUGUGCUGAUCGCUACGUCGAAGGUUCAACCAUCAUGCCUGGUGAAUUCCACCAGCCGACACCUCGCGAACUCCUCUGCAAUGCCUUCGCUGGGGCCUCCGCUGGGAUGAUUGCGGCCACGUUUGUCUGCCCGCUGGACGUUAUCAAGACCAGGCUCCAGGUGCAUGGAUUGCCCACGCUCGCACAGUCUUCUCGCCGGGGAGGCAUUAUCAUUUCAAGCCUAGAAGAGAUAAUUAAAAGAGAAGGAGUUAGAGGAAUGUAUCACGGACUUUCUCCUACAAUCCUGGCACUGCUACCAAAUUGGGCAGUAUAUUUUACGGUUUAUAAUAAGCUCAAAGGCCUACUUCAUUCACAUGCUGCAGCUGAUGUUGACAAACCACUUUCAGUUGGAGCUAACAUUAUUGCUGCCUCUGGUGCAGGGGUUGCAACCACAGUUGUAACAAAUCCACUGUGGGUUGUUAAAACUAGACUUCAAACCCAGAGGAUGAGGCCUGGGAUAAUUCCUUAUAGAGGAAUAAUCUCUGCACUUAGAAGGAUUUCCCGAGAAGAAGGUAUACGUGGGCUAUACAGUGGUCUCCUUCCUGCUUUAGCUGGUAUUAGCCAUGUAGCCAUACAGUUUCCAGUAUAUGAAAAUAUCAAAUCUUACUUGGGAAAUAGAGGCAAUACAUCUGUGGAUAAGCUCAGUGCUGGCAAUGUGGCCAUUGCUUCUUCGCUAUCUAAGGUUCUUGCCUCCACAAUGACUUAUCCUCACGAGGUUGUGCGGUCGAAGCUCCAAGAACAAGGGCAUGCUCGGAACUCUCCAGUGCAGUAUGCUGGUGCUGUUGAUUGUGUUAGGAAAAUCUUCCAAAAGAAUGGCAUGUCUGGGUUUUACCGUGGCUACGGGACAAAUUUGCUAAGAACCACUCCAGCUGCUGUCAUCACAUUCACCAGUUAUGAGAUGAUUCAAAGAUUUGUGAACCAAUUCAAGUUCCUUUCAUCUGACGAGAGACAACCAGAUUUACUUCAAAUUUCUAGCAGUCAUGAGAUCAUAGACCGGUGGGAGUAAGAUAUUUGAGAAAAUAGGAAGACAAAAAAAAAAAAAAAAAACAGCAGAAAACCAGUUGACAAAGGGCAUCUGAACAAUUACCGGAUAAUUCUUUUGAUUUGAACUUGGAUAACUGGUUCUGAUAUUCCGGGGUGAAGAUUGCCAAUACAAUACAUAGAAGAACAAUAGUUAAUAAAGAUAGCCUCAAUUAGCAAUCUGUUAAGUUUGCCCCUAAAGAGUAGCACUAUUCUAAAGAAUAAAAAUUUCAACGUAAAAAAAUGCUAAAUCUGUAUAUUAUACUGCUGGCACCAGGAAUGCUUGCAAUCCAGUUGCUUAUAAGAAUAUUCUUUGAACGA